AUGCCGCGGUUCGAAAAUUUUUUGGUUCUUGUCGUUUCGUUAAUUUCGCUGGGAGCAUCGACGUCUCAGACACAGGAUGGCGAUUAUCACGAGUGUUUGCGCCCAUGUGCCGACGAAUCAUCCUCGAAAAAACUGUGCCGCUACGAAUUCUUCGUCAGCGAAUUACCUGCCGUUAUCAGUGAGCGCAACUGCUCCAAAAUCGUCGAUGAAUCGGUGAUUGGCCAUGAAGGGAUUCCGAGGAACCGUUAUUUGGGAAUCAAUGGGAAGAGCCCGGGUCCUCGUAUUGAGGUUUGUCACGGCGACACUAUCGAAGUACUUUUGUAUAAUCGACUGGGAUCCGAAGAAUUAUCUUUACAUUGGCAUGGACUGCAACAAAAAGGGUCCGCUCAUAUGGAUGGUGUUCCGAUGGUUACUCAAUGCGCAGUAUUGCCAUUUGGCGGCUUCCGAUACAAAUUGAAACCGGAAAGUGUUGGUACAUAUUUCUACCAUGCACAUCUAGUUUCGCAGCAGGGCGACGGCGUGUACGGGUCGUUGACAGUUCGAGGACCACAGGAUGACCCCAGCCUGGAAAGGAUACUCCUCUUGUCAUCAAGGCCACCAACUCCGCUGUCGCGGUAUUCGCAUCUACACCCACCUACGCCCACGGAGCUCCUCUUGAACGGCCAGAGCAAAGAAUUGACUUUGAAAGUCGAUCAUGGCGGACGUUAUUUAUUACGGCUUAUCAACGCCAAUGCUUACAACUGUCCCGUUCGGUUGUCCAUUUCCGGUCAUGAUUUCCGAGUGGUGGCUGCUGAUGGCAACGUGGUUCAACCGGUGACGGGAAGACACAUUGUUUUGUUUCCAGGCGAACGAUAUGACGUAACCAUCGAAGCAAAUCAACCAGCUGGAAAGUAUCUUGUCGAUAUGAGGGGUCUUCAAGAUUGUCAAAAGCUUCAACAGACAGCCCACAUUUUUUAUAACGACGCAGAGAUAGACUCAGCAGUGAUAAAGGACGAGGAGCCAUUGAAAAUCAACGACGACAAAAUAGCGAAAAACGGCUACAAUUGUAACGAAAGAGAAAAUGUUAUUUGUUCGUUGGAUUUGAAAGGAGCGAAGGGAACAUCGUCGGACAUUAAUGCAGACGAAAUUAUUUACAUUCCAUUCGAUGUUAAUAAUUAUCCGUCUUUCACGGAUGAAAUGACUGACAACAGAUACAAUUUUUUCGGAUGCGCGUACUACCCCUCUUACCUAAGUACAAAUCAAGAUGGAGUAAGGAUAGCACAGAUUAAUGGGAUGUCAUUCAAAUAUCCUUCCUCGCCAUUGCUAUCGCAGCCAGAGAAUACACCGGAUGAAUUAAUUUGUAGCCUCGAAAAACGUUCACAGCAAUGCGUAGACACGCCAUUAUUUUGCGAGUGUGUUCAGAUGAUUGAAGUUUCUCCCAAGAGAAAUGUCGAAAUUAUUUUAAUAGACCAAGGUUUUGGUGGAAAUGCUUCUCAUGGGUUCCAUGUACACGGCUAUAGUGCAAGUAUUGUAGGAAGGGGCAGUUUCGAUCGUCCAGUCACCAAAGAAGAAAUUAUGUAUAUGAACUAUGAUCGAAAGUUGCAUCGAAAUUUGGUAGAUCCGCCACAGAAAGACAGUUUCGUUGUACCAAAUAAGGGUUACGUUAUACUUCGUCUUUUUACCGACAAUUUGGGAUACUGGUUAUGGGAAGCACGAAGCACAGCGAUUUCUCCUGGGACGUACGGACCUGGUAUGCAAUUUUUAUUGAAAGUCGGUAGCCGCGAAAGUUUCGUACCUGUUCCUUUGAAUUUCCCAACUUGUGGGAACAACAAACAUCCGGACAUGGUGUUCGAGAAUAAUUGA